AUGGCCGGCUGGGCGACUGUCCGCGGCAAUGAGGUGUCUACUCUGCCUCCACGCCAGGCCCCUUCCAAGAUGGGUCAAGCCUGCAAGGUCGGCCUGAAUACAUACCACGUGGAGAAGUUUCCCAACAUUCCCAUCUACCAGUUCGAUGUGCAAAUCGGCAACGGUGUAGAGAAGCGUAGCAUUAUCAACGCUGUCUGGAACUCCAAGAAGGUCCAGGCAGAGAUCGGUGCUGGUGCUAUCUUCGACGGCAACAAGCUGGCUUGGUCUGGUCGUCCCAUCACACGUGAAGUGCGGCUAAUAGUCAACCUCGAUGAGGAGAAGGGUCGUAAGCCGGGCAAGAACGGUCCUGAUGAGCACCGCAUUAACAUCCGUCAGACCAACAAGGUUGGUUUCCAGCAAUUGAUGGCCUACCUUCAGGGCAAGGCCUCGUUCGACAACACCUGCCUUGAGGCUAUUGCCUUCGCCGACCACCUCCUCCGUCAGACACCAUCACAACGCUAUACACCUAUUAAGCGUGCAUACUUCGCUCGUGGUCAGACUCGGUCUAUCUUGGGUGGCGGUGUCGAGGCUUUUAAGGGUGUAUACCAGUCUCUACGUGUCGUUCACCCAGGCCGCCUUUCUGUCAAUGUCGAUGUAGCUAACGGCACUUUCUGGACUGCCGACAUGCUUCAUCAAUCUGCUGUCCUCGCCUGUGGUGCUCGCGACAUUGGCGACCUUAUCACCGGUAUUCAGCGCCAGGGGGAGAAGGGCAAGUAUGGUGUUGGUCUCAAGAAGUUCCGGAAGGUUCGCGUCAUUGCCAAGCACCGUGGUCAGCAGAACGAGGAUGAGUACUGUAUUGAGCGAUUUAUCUACCAGGACGCCAAGCAGUACAAGGUGCAGGUUACUGAUCCUUCGGGCAAUGAGGUGACCAUCCCUAUCUACGACUACUUCGCUAAGAAAUACAACAUCCGCCUGCAGUACUCAGGCCUACCUCUUGCCAAGAUGACCAAGGGCAAGAACACUGUUCUGCCGAUGGAGGUUCUUCGAAUCAAGGAGAAUCAGCGAUACGCCUUCAAGAUGGAUGAGCGUCAGACAUCUAACAUGAUCAAAUUUGCAGUUACCGCCCCUCCACAGCGCUAUGCCGGCAUUCAGCACGGUCUAGGCAUGCUGGCUUGGGGCAGCGACCCUAUCUUGCAGAAGUAUGGUGUCACUGUCAACCCAAACAAGACCGUGGUCGACGGCCGCGUUCUUCCAGCGCCUACUGUCAAAUUCGGUGUUGGUGAGGCUAAGCCAGGCACCUCUGGUCGCUGGGAUCUGAAGGGCAAGAAAUUCUUCCAGGUCAACCCUCAGCCGCUCAAGUCCUGGGCUGUCUGCGUCAUUUCUGGUCGUCGUGGUGGCAAGCCUGACAAGUCUACGAUCGAGCGCUUUGUCCAGGCCUUUGUGCAGGGCUACAUUGGCCACGGCGGCAAGGUCGAGAACAAGCAGCCAGCAAUGGCGUUGGCUAUGGGUGAAGAUGUCGGCGAGUGGGUCACUACCGCUUGGAAUGCCGCUGGCAACCAGUCUCAAUCCCGCCCGCAGAUCCUCUUCUUCAUCCUGCCCGACAAGGACUCCCAGGUCUACGGCCGCAUCAAGCGCUCUUGCGAGUGCCGCUACGGCGUUGUGUCUCAGUGCGUACAAUACUCACACGCUCAGAAGGCUCAGGCGCAGUACAUCUCCAACGUGUGCAUGAAAUUCAACGCCAAGCUGGGUGGUGCUACAUGCCGUGCCAUCGGUUCUAAGACUGGUGGACCCAAUGGUAUCUUCCAGUGCCCGACAGUCAUCAUUGGUGCCGACGUCUCCCACGCUGCUCCUGGCAUGCAGACUCCCUCUAUGGCCGCUAUGACUGUGUCUAUGGACAAGCUCGCCACUCGCUACGCCGCUCUGUGCCAGACGAACGGUUUCCGUGUGGAGAUGAUCAACACCGACAUCAUCAACACCGAGCUUAAGCCCCUCCUUCAGUCGUGGAUGCAGAACGUCGGCGGCGGCAAGGUGCCACAGCGUGUUAUCUACCUUCGUGAUGGCGUGUCUGAGGGUCAAUAUUCGCACGUCCUUCAGCAGGAGGUUAACGAUAUGAAGCAGUUGCUUAAGCAGGCUGGCCCGGUUCCUCAGUUCGUCGUCGUGGUGGGCUCUAAGCGUCACAAUGUGCGCUUCUUCCCGGAGAAGGGCGACCGUAACGGCAACGCAUUCCCAGGCACCUUGGUUGAGUCCGGCGUCACUAAUCCUCAUGAGAACGACUUCUACCUUUGCGGACAUGCUGCUAUCAAGGGCACCGCUCGUCCUGUGCACUACUAUGUGCUUAUGAAUGAGGCUAAGAUGUCCAACGACGAGCUGCACACCCUUCUUUACGAGCACGCCUACCAGUACUCUCGUGCCUCGACUCCGAUCUCUCAGCACCCUGCUAUCUACUAUUCCCACCUGGCCGCUCUACGUGCUGCUCCUCACGAUCCUAAGUGGGCUGGCAGCUCUGAUGGUCCAUCCAGCUCCACUCAGAAGCAGUCCGGGUCUCAGUCUGGCGGUUCUCGGUCUGGCGGCUCUCAGGGCAAGUCUGGCAGCAAGGGCUCCUCUUCUGGCUUGUCAUCUGAGUAUGACAAGCUCAUGCCAAUGCCAAACCAGGGUGGCAUCGCCACUUCCAUGUGGUUCAUCUAG